AUGGCGGCUCAGGUGGUUCCAGUCAUCGCAAAGUUGUUGGACGACUACCAAAAGACAACGUCUUCGAAGCUCAAAAUCAUCGAUGCCUACAUGACAUACAUCUUGUUCACGGGAAUCUUGCAGUUCGUCUAUUGUCUACUCGUUGGUACCUUCCCAUUCAACUCGUUCCUCUCUGGUUUCAUUUCGACUGUCACAUCAUUCGUCUUAGCUUCAUGCCUCCGAAUGCAAGUGAACCAAGAAAAUCGAUCCGAGUUUUCUUCUGUCUCACCGGAACGCGCUUUCGCUGACUUCCUUUUUGCCAACCUCAUCUUGCACCUCGUCGUUGUCAACUUCUUGGGAUGA